CCACCCAAACCCUCGCCGCCGCCGCCCACACGAGCGCACGCGCCAUGGCGCCGCCACGCCCGCCUCUGCCGCUGAUCGACGACGUCAUGGCCGAGAUCUUCUUCCGCCUCCCUCCGGACGAGCCCGAGCACCUCUUCCGCGCCGCGCUCGUCUGCAAGCCGUGGCUCCGCAUCCUCUGCGACCCCGGGUUCCUCCGCCGCUACGGCGCCUUCCACGGGGCCCCUCCCCUCCUCGGCCUCCUCCACAGGCUCCAAGUCCUCGAGGGAAGCCCCCCUCCCCGCUUCGUCUCCACAACGUCGAUGCCCAACUUCCCGCACCCUGGCACCUACGGCGGCCACACGCGCUCCCUCGACUGCCGCCACGGUCGCGUCCUCGUCUACAUGCUCGAAUUUGGGAGGGCGAACUGCCUCGUUUGGGACCCCGUCACGGGCGACCGCCAUGCCGUGCCCGCGCCGGACAUGGAGGAUUGGCUGAUCGAAUCUGCGGCGGUGCUCUGUGCCACCCAUGGAUGCGACCACCUUGACUGUCAUGGUGGCCCCUUCCGCGUGGUCUUCAUGGCCACCCAUGAUUACAAGCCUACCAUAUUUGCUUGUGUGUACUCCUCGGAGACGGGUGCGUGGAGUCAGCAGAUAUCUCUUGACAGCAGUUGUGAACACUAUGCUCAGCAUAUGCAAGAGGGUCUUGCAGUUAGAUCCUACUAUUUGCCCUAUCUCCAGCCAAGGCGAGGCACCCUUGUCGGGGACGCAAUCUAUAACACAAUCCGGCUGGAUAACACAAUCGUCAAGUAUGACUGGUGCAAGAAUCGCUUAUCUUUGAUUCACCCGCCAUCAAAGGACGUGUACUACAUUGCUCUCAUGGCCUUGGAUAGCAAUACACUUGGCUUUGCCUCCAUUCUGGCUUCCAGCCUUCAUAUGUGGUCAAUGAAGAUGGAGACAGAAGAAGCUGUAGAAUGGCUACAAUAUAGGGUCAUUGAGCUGGAAAAAAUAAUACCUGUUGCCAAUCCUAAUGAUGCAAGAGUUGUUGUUGUUGGGUCUGCAGAGGGUGUGGGAGUCAUCUUUGUAAGCACAGAUGUUGGCUUAUUCAGUAUAGACCUCAAGUCAGAGCGGGUGAAGAAGGUUGACGAACCUGGAGUCCACUUUAGUGUCCUACCCUACAUGAGCUUUUAUACUCCAGAUCGUGGCAGAUUGUUGUCACUAGCGAGGGGUCAGUGAUCACUGAUGUGUGGCACAGCGGUGACACAUUGCAAAACAGACGUAUCCAUUUGUCUGAGUCUGCUACUGUUUGGCUUCUCCGGUGCUAUACUACCUAUACCUACCAAAGCACACAGCUGGUCUGUUUUCUGUUGAUCAGUUUAUGUGUGCAGGUCAUAAUGGUCAACUUUGGUUCUUGUUCGGUUCAUCAAGAUCUUAUGGACAGAAAACUGUAAUUCUGUUUAGUAUGUUGUUUUCUUAUCUGUUCAGCAGUUUAAGUACGAGUGGUGUAAGCCAUCAUGUUCAAUCCUGUUUGUCCUGCGAAUUCCUCCUUAUUAUAUCAACCACAUACAGAUUUUCUGUUCGAUAUGUCAAGCAGUUAUGAGUUACCGUUUUUAGUUAAA